CCCCCCCUUUCACACCGGUCUCCCGUAUCGCCUUUGCCUCGCCGCGCCAAUCACACACGGCUCCCCAUUCCUCCGCUGCCUGCCUGCCUGCCUGCCUUUGACGCGCACCCACCAGCCACCACCAGCACGGGAGGAGACCGAUCGACUCGGCCCGGCCGACGCCUCAGCUUCAGCUUCAGCUCUGCCUCUGCUUGCGUUGCGUUGCGUUGCGUUGCGUGUGGAGUGGCCGCCCGCAAGAUAGGUAGGAGACGUGUGUGUAUAUGAGAUCCCCAUCCAACGGCCGGCCUCCAAGCGCAGGGGGCGGAGCACCACCAGCAGCAGCAGCAGACGACGACGACUUCGCCUUCUACUGCUCGUUCCUCCAGGACGCCGCCCCGGCCUCAGCGACGUCGCCGCUCGCCCUCGCCCUCGACCUCGACCUAGACGACCCCAACCCCACCGCCGCCGGGAUGACCAACGGCCGGCGCCGGAGGCAGCGCGGGGCAGCAGACGAAUCCGGAGCCGCCGCUGGGGAAGAGGUGGAGGCGGAGGUCAAGAAGGAGGGCAAGAAGCGGUCCAUCGCCAAGCUGCUCACCUCGCUGGCGGCGCUGGAGGCGGAGGAGCACGCGGACCGCGCGGACGCGUCCAGGCGCGAGCUGGCGCUUCUCGAGUCCAACGCCGACACCCGGUCGCAGGCCAUGAUGGACUACUACGCCAAGAUGGAGAGCAGCUUCGACGCCACCGCCGAGUCCGAGGCCUCCGCCAGGUCCAAGCGCUCCAGGCUCGCCGCCUCGGCCGCCGCUGCGGCCGUCGUGGCCGCCGAGGAGUCGGCUGCGGCGGCGGCGGCGGCGUCCUCCGCGUCGGCCUCGCCGACGCGCGCCGCGGGGCAGGGCCACCACCAGCGUCGGCUGUGGGUCAAGGACCGGUCCCGCGCGUGGUGGGACCGGUGCAGCAGCGCCGACUACCCGGAGGAGGAGUUCCGGCGCGCCUUCCGGAUGGGGAGGGAGACGUUCGACAUGAUCUGCGACGCGCUGGGCUCGUCGGUGGCCAAGGAGGACACCAUGCUCCGCGCCGCCAUCCCCGUCCGCCAGCGCGUCGCCGUCUGCAUCUGGCGCCUCGCCACGGGGGAGCCGCUCCGCCUCGUGUCCAAGCGCUUCGGCCUCGGCAUCUCCACCUGCCACAAGCUGGUCCUGGAGGUGUGCGCCGCCAUCAAGUCCGUGCUCAUGCCGCGCUUCCUGCAGUGGCCCGACGAGCCCGCGGCGGCGCGGUUCAAGGAGAGCUUCGAGCGAAGCUCGGGCGUGCCAGGCGUCAUCGGCGCCAUGUACACCACCCACAUCCCCAUCAUCGCGCCCAAGAUCUCGGUGGCGGCCUACUUCAACCGGCGGCACACGGAGCGGAACCAGAAGACGUCCUACUCCAUCACGCUGCAGGGCGUGGUGGGGCCCGACGGAGCCUUCACGGACGUGUGCAUCGGCUGGCCGGGAUCCAUGCCCGACGACCAGGUGCUGGAGAAGUCGAUGCUCCACCAGCGGGCGGCGGCCGGGAUGAUGCACGAGUCGUGGCUGGUGGGUGGCGCCAGCUACCCGCUCAUGGACUGGGUGCUGGUGCCGUACACGCACCCCAACCUGACGUGGACGCAGCACGCGUUCAACGAGAAGGUCGGGGAGCUCCGGCGAGUGGCGGUGGAGGCGUUCGCGCGGCUCAAGGCACGGUGGGCGUGCCUGCAGAAGCGCACCGAGGUGAAGCUGCAGGACCUCCCCGUGGUGCUGGGAGCCUGCUGCGUGCUCCACAACAUCUGCGAGCUGCGGGGCGAGGAGGUGGACCCGGCCAUCCGAUGCGAGCUGGUCGACGACGAGACCACGCCGGAGAACCCCGUGCGGUCGGAGACGGCCAAGCACGCCAGAGACAACAUCGCGCACAACCUGCUCCAUCGGGGCUUCGGCGGAACCACAUUCUUCUGAAGUUGUGUGAUCCAUCGGCUUCUUUCUUUGCUUUGCUAUUCUAGAGUACAGUAGUACAAAUUUGGGCCGGAAAUAGGGAUUCUUUUAGCCGGUAGCUUAAUUACAAUAGAAGAAGAUUUUGGUAGGAUUAUUUAUACUGCUGCUGCUGCUGUUAGCAGCUGGUGAAGGAAUCACUUGAUUGAUCUAGAUGGCAAAUGACCCACACAGGACCAUGUAAUUAAUUUAAGUGACGCGAUAUGGUUUUCUUAUGUUGCAGUAUACUCCUACAGUUUUUCGUUAUCUAGUACUGUAAUUUGGAGAAGAGAAGUUGAGAAAAGAUGAUAGAUUUCCAUUG